AUGACCGAACUGAAGGUGCGCAAAGAUGUUCGCAAGCUCUCCGAUCAAGAGCGCGAUACUGUUAUUCGUGCAUUUAAACAUAUUAUGGAGUUACCACCAGAUGAUGAGAAUUCAUAUUUCACCAUUGCCGGCUACCAUGGCUUACCUGAGCCUCAGUAUUGCUAUCAUGGCGUCGUUCUCUUCCCGACCUGGCAUCGUGCAUAUAUCUGUCGACUAGAAGAAUCUUUGCGAACUGCACCUGGUUGUGAAGAUCUGGCUCUUCCAUACUGGGACGAAGCCUCCAAUAAGACCAGAGAAGAGGGCAUUCCUCGUCUUUUUACCGAUAGAGAGUACACAUUCCAAGAUGGGGCCUCAAUUCUUAACCCUCUCUGCUCUUACAAACUCCAGAAAGGCAUUGUGGAUGUAGACGACAAGAAAACUAGCAAGGAUACCAAGCCAGUAGGAUAUCAGACAGUGCGGUACCCAUACUCUGGUCUGGUCAGUGACAAAUUUGCAGACAGGACCAAAGUUCACAACUCAGCCUUGGAUGGGAAGACGCCGGACGAAGUGACCAAGAUUCUGAAUCAAAAUGUCAUUCGCUGGUUACAUCUCCAGAAAUUCCAGACCUAUAACGAGAAAUGGAUUUCGGCUGGCGAAAAAGACAAUUAUGUCAAUUGCCUUGAAGCACCCAACUACACAGUAUUUUCCAAUGCCACGUCGGCCGACAGGUACAACGAGGAGAACAGAGGCAAACCAACGGUUUCUCCUGUCAUUCCCAUUGAGCAACCACACAACGCUAUUCACCUUGCUGCUGGAGGGUUUGAUGUUCCUGGCGACAACAAUCAUAAUGUUUAUGCUUUUGCGAAUGGAGAUAUGGGGGAGAAUGACACGGCAGCCUUCGACCCUCUUUUUUUCUUCCAUCACUGCUUUAUCGAUUAUAUAUUCUGGAAGUGGCAAGAUCGUCAUAACAAGACAGACAAUCUCGACAUAAUGAAGGGAUAUCCUGGGACGCAGCUUAUGAAGCGUGGCAAGGCAAUCGCAAACUUUACCAUGGACUAUCCGCUUGAACCUUUUAAGAUAAUAGAUCAAACUACUGGACAGCAGCGAGACAUGACAUCGAAUGAUGUGAUAGAUAUCUCCAAGCUUGGGUACACAUAUUCCGAGUCAGGCCUACCUUACUUGAAUCUCAUGGCCCCGGCUCAAAGAUUCGUAGAUGCACCAAAGUUGAAGAUCAGCGGGAUCAAUCGCUCCAAGAUCUCCGGUUCUUUCGUCGUGUCUGUAUGGGCCAAGACCAGUGAGGGGAUGCCCGACCGUCUUCUUGAGACCAAGCCAGUCCUCAGUCGUUGGAAUGUUGAAAAAUGCGGAAAUUGCCAGAGCCACCUGGAAGUCAAGUUUAUUGUCCACCUAACUGGCUUUGAUCAUGAGGAAGCUCUCUACACGGAGUUUUAUGCUAAGAUUCAUACAAGAGAAAAGCCUGAAGGAGAAAGAAAGAUUGCAGGAAGAGAAAUUCCAAUCACGUUGAAUGCUUGUAGAGCUGUGGCAAUAAUUAGGUAG